AUGAAAAUUUUUUUAACAAAAAUUGUAGAAAAUGCUUUUAAACGAUACGACGAAAAGAAAAUUAAACAACUGUUUCACUUCAUCAAUCAUACAAAGGAAAAAUGUAAUAUCCAUAUAAAACAGGAAGAUGUUGUACAUGUCAUUUCAAAAUAUGGAAUAUAUAUAAACCUUUUAGAAAAUUAUUAUUUAACAAGAAAUAUUACAAAUGACAAUAUUUAUGAUUCAAAAUCCUUUUAUAAUAAAUGUAAAGAAGAAAAUUUUAUAAAUUUUAUGGAUAUAAAAACUAACCAAUUCAUAAAUAUUAAUAUAAAUGAUAAACAUAACAUAUACCAUAAAAAUCACACCUUGUAUAAUCAUUAUUAUCAUGGAAAACAAAAAAAGAAAAAAAUAUUAAUAGACCCAUAUCAUAAUUACCACAUUAUAAAUAUAAAAAAAUUUCUUUAUUACAGUAAAUUGUAUUUUAACUCUUUUUUUCACAUGUAUUUUAAAUCUAUACUCAAAGAAACACAAUCUAAUAAAAGAAAUAUUAAAAAUGAUAUAUAUCUAUUUCAUUCAUUAUGCUUGUUAAAUUAUAAAGAACAAAAACAAAUAUCCAAAUAUAUUUUUGAAACAAUGAUUACAAACAUUAUAGAAACAAAUCAAUAUUAUUUAAAUCAUAAAAGAGACAUCAAACCGAACACAAAUAAUACCAAGCAUUUAUUUAAUGAUGGACAUCCAUUAUGUAGUAAUACUUUAGUAGAACUUGUGACCGUCAUAAAUAAACACAUCGAUAAGAUGGAAAUGUGGGGAAUUAAUAUUAAUAUUGUACAACUAUUAUGUCUCCAUUUAUACAAUUAUGUUUUUCAUUCUACCUUUUUUAUAAUAAAUUGGAAACAUGGGGAAAUGGAAAGAGAAACAAAUGGUCAGAUGGAAAAUGAUAAAUUAAAAUUUUGUCAGGUUAAAAGUGAUAAAUUGAAAAUAUGUCAGCUUAAAAAUGAUAAAUUAAAUAAUGUACAGGUGAAAAGUGACAAAUUAAAUAAUGUACAGGUUAAAAAUGAUACAUUAAAUAAUGUACAGGUUAAAAAUGAUAAAUUAAAUAAUGUACAGGUGAAAAAUGACAAAUUAAAUAAUGUACAGGUGAAAAGUGACAAAUUAAAUAAUGUACAGGUGAAAAGUGACAAAUUAAAUAAUGUACAGGUGAAAAGUGACAAAUUAAAUAAUGUACAGGUGAAAAAUGAUACAUUAAAUAAUGUACAGGUGAAAAAUGACAAAUUAAAUAAUGUACAGGUGAAAAAUGACAAAUUAAAUAAUGUACAGGUGAAAAAUGAUAAAUUAAAUAAUGUACAGGUGAAAAAUGAUAAAUUAAAAAUUUGUCAGGUGAAAUUUUUUCAAAGUAAAUCUGAUGUAGAAGAAAAUGUCCAUGUACAUGAUUGCACACCUUACGAUUCAUCGUUCCUUGGAAAUCUCUCAAAUGUGGAGAUACAAAUCAACAACGAUGAGGAAACAAAAGAAAUAAAUAUAAAUGAACUGAAACUUUUUUAUAAUUGUACAUUUAUGGAUAUAUCCAAUUUUGUAAGUAUUGUUUAUUUUUUGAAAAAGUAUUAUAAUAAUGCUUUUUUUGUCAGAAAUAAGAAGUGGAAACAUCCAAUUGAAGGAGACCAUUUAAUGAGUCUUAUAGAUAAAAGAAUUGUUUAUAUAUAUUCACAUAUAUAUGUGUGUAAUUAUCCCUUAUCAUAUUUAAAAAGGUGUAUAGAAUGGAAUUGUUUAAAAGAUAAGGUAAAGGAAAAAGUAGGAAUAGAAGAUAAUUUAGAUAAAACAUUUAAUUUUAUAAAUUAUAACAAUAUAGAAAACAAAUUAAUUAAAAAGAAUAAUUUUUUAUUUUUCCAUAAAAAAGAAAUAUUAUAUUAUUAUAAUAAUAUAUAUUCAGAUAUAACUUAUUCAUUAUAUUCGAAUACACAUUUGUUAAUGUUAAAAAUUUAUAUUUCCGACUUUGAUAAAUUAUUAAAAGAUACAUUUCAAAAAAAAUUUGUACUUUUUCAAUACAACAUGAUGAUUAUUAUAAAUUUUGUAAAAUUUCUAUGCACAAUUUGUUUACGUCAAAAUGAUGAUAUGUUUUGUCAUUUUAAUAAAAUAAUAUAUUAUCACAUUUCUUAUUGUAAAUCAUUAAUUUGUUUAAAAAAACAAAAUGAUAAAUAUAAUCACAUUAAUGAUAUGAUGUCUGUGUAUUAUCAAUUCUUUGAGUUCUUAUUAAAAUAUUACAUAACUUUUUUAUGUACCAACAAUUUAACUUUUCUUUUGUCUUUUUUUUCUGACUUGUUCAGGCAAAAGGGAAAUAAAAUAAAGGAAUUAAAAUGUGUUGUUUUAAUAAAUGAAGAGAUAAUAAAUAGGAUGAAGAGGAAUUCAUUGUAUAUGUCUUAUCACAAAUGGGAUGAUGAAAGUGUAUUAAUUGUUGAUACUAUUUGUGAUAAUAAAUUAUAUAUGGAUAAAUUAUAUGUUGAUAAAUUAUAUGUUGAUAAAUUAUGUCAAUUUUAUAAUAAAGAACUAUAUAGCGACUCAUACAAAAAACCAUUUGGUAUGAAUUCAUUAAAUGGUCGUCUUAAAAAUAAAAUUAUAAAUAAAAGACAUGUGUACAAUAUAUGUAAUUCAUAUAUACAAUUAGAAUAUUACGAUGAAAGGUUUAUACGUUUAGUAUCAGCAUAUACUAAAUUAAAUCUUGUCAAAUUAAAUAAUAAAGACAUAACAGCAGUAGUUUAUUUUUUUUAUAAGAUGAAAUAUAAAAAUAUAGAAAUAGCUGGAAAUAUCAUGACUCAUAUUGAAAAGACAUUUAUACAAUAUAAUAUGAAUGAAAUAUAUAUAAUAUUAAAAUAUUAUUUUGAAUUAUACAAUUUUUUAAAAAAGAAUAUUUCGAAUAUAUUAAGUCAUGUUUUUUUUUACAUUUUUUCCUGUUAUUAUAUAGAUAAGUUUAUAUUAUUAGAUGACCAUUAUUUGUUAUGCCCUACAGACAAGGAAGAUAUAAAAAAAAAAAAAGAGAAGAACGAAAAAGAAGAUAUAUUAAAAAGAAGUCAUUUUUUACAACACCAUAAUAUGAACAUAUCACAUUAUAUAAAAGAGUUGAGGAACUUAUUUUCUUCUUUAAAUUACAAGAUACAUAUAUUAUAUAAUGAAGAAAUUAAAUCAAUAGAAAUACAAAAUAAUGAUAAUAUAAAUUAUGAAAUAAAUGAAAAACAGAUAAAUAAAAUUCUUUUAAAUAUUCUUAUGAAAGGAGAAAAAAAUAAGGAAGGACAAACAAAUAUAUUUCAUUAUCAAAUAUAUAAGGACAAAAAUUUUGUAAAAUCCAUUUUAAAUAUUUUAUUACUUAUAUCCAAAUAUAAAAUGAAAAAGCAGUACAUGUUAUAUGAUAUGAGUUAUCUAACUUUUAUAAAACAGGACAAAUAUAAUAAUAUGUUACAUCUAUACGACUGGGCAAGUCUUAUAACAAGUCACUGUAAAAUAAGAUAUAAUCCUCCUUAUGUCGAGAAAUAUAUUUUGAUUUUCUACAAUAUUUUAACAAAACAAGAUAAAAAAAUAACACAGGAUAUUAAAAAUAAUGAUCCCAAUAAUAAUUAUGAUAAACAUUAUUGUACUGAACAGAUGGUGAGGCUAAUUAACUCUUUGUGUUGUCAUUUAAAAAAUAUGAACCUCAAAAAUAAGGUGUUAAUAUAUAAUUUAUUAGAUAAAAAAAAAAAAAAAUAA